GUUUCAGGCGGUUGGGUUCCCGCAGCGUUUUGGGUCUUCUCUGGGUAGAAGCCCAUAGUUUAGCCCCCGAUACCCUACCAAAAAAAAUAUGGAGAUCCAACAAAUAUGGGUAUGCUAUUGUAGUUUGUUUUUGGGCAAAAUACCCAUAUUGACAGAUUUUGGGUAUUCCGAGCAAAUAUGGGUAGGUAUGCUGUUGAAGAUUCCAUGUUGAAAAAAUGCCUUCUCUGAUGAUCGUCGAUUGAUAAGAAGUUUGCAGCGUUUGUAGGGUCCAAUUUAAUAUCCUGGAAUGCACACAAGCAGGCCACAAUGUCUAGAUCCAGCACUGAAGCAGAAUAUAAGGCGUUGGCAAAUGCAACAGCUAAAGUUAUUUGGGUACAAACCUUGCUUGGUGACCAUGUCUUUGGUGUGACAAAUUGGAGCUACAUAUCUUUCAGGUGAAUUCCAUCUUUCAUGGAAGGACGUAACAUACAGAGGUGGAUUAUCACUUUGUUCGUGAAUGAGUAGCUCAGAAAGUUUUGGAUAUUUGGUUCAUCACUUUUGAAGAUCAAGUUGCAGAUAGUUUCACUAACGUUCCAGUGGUUAGACGUAAUCUUAACUUGGACAAGUUGUGCUUGAGGGGGAUGUUAAACGUGCCUAUCUUCCUAUCUCUUCUAUAUUGUUGAAACCGACUUCAGUAGAGAUAUGAUUAGCCUCCCUAACCAAAUUGUGGUUAACGCAGACUGCAAGUGGUAAUGGUGUUGUUAUAAUUUGUUCAACCUAUUUGAAGGCUGAGAGAGGUGGCUAACCUGCACAGCAGCUUGCUGCUCUUCUCUCUCUGGCAGCUCGACUCCACGGGGGGCACACGACUGCCUCUUCUAGGGCAGGAUAGGUACAAGACCUGUUGGGUCAUAUGGACCAAUAGAAGAUGGGCUUCCGCCCAAUUACCAUUCAACACUCCCCCUCAAGAGGGGUGAUAGAUAUCUGUCAUUCCUUCUCUCAAAGAAAAAAAUCUCAUCAUUCCCAUCUUGUCACAAGCUAGAUUGCACUCUCUAGUCCCCAAUCCUUUUGUUAAGCAAUCUGCAAUCUGCUGUCAUGUGCUCACAUGUUCUAUCUGGAUAAUCCCAGCAUCUAACUUUUCUUUGAUGAAGAAUCUAUCAAUUUCCACAUGUUUCGUUCUGUUGCUGACUUAUUGUCACACCACACAUUUGGACAGCCAUUCUUCAAUACCUUCAACUCACUCAACAGAUUUCUUACCCACAACACCUCACUUAGUCCUUGAGACAUUGCUCUAUAUUCAGCUUCUGCUGUUGAUCUGGACAGAACCGCUUGCUUUUUGCUUCUCCAUGAUACUAACUUCCCACCAACAAAGACACAAUUACCAUAUGGGCCAAUAGAAGAUGGGCUUCAGCCCAAUUACCAUUCAACACUAUUAAUAUACGCCACGCGGCCCCCUAGUUGAUAACGCUCACAUAGUGUUUACAGGGCAUUUAUCUCCUCCUCCCACCCUCCCCCGCCGAGAUCCAGAUCCCAUCCAAAUUCUGGAUCUGGAGCGGCUGCAGAUGGAUGCACGCGGUGGCGAGAGCAUGGUGCGAAGAGCGCCUUGGUGGGUCCCGUGCAAAGGGUCUACCACCAUGGGUCCUCCGCGGCGGAACUCAAGCCACCAACAGGAGUACAAGCUCCGCAUGAAGCACACCGAGGGGAAUUACCCGCUCUACGCCAUCAGUUUCAACUUCAUAGAUAGCCGUUACUACAACGUCUUCGCCACAGUCGGCACCAACCGCGUGACAAUUUAUCGUGGCCUCCCGGACGGUAACUUGGCUCUUCUGCAAGCAUACAAUGAUGAAGAUGAUGAGGAAUUCUUCACUCUGAGUUGGGCUGCUGACCUUGUCGGAUCACCGCUACUAGUAGCAGCAGGAAACAAUGGGAUCAUUCAAGUCAUCAAUUGCGGUACCGGGAAGUUACUCAAGACUUUGGUUGGCCAUGGUGGUUCUAUAUAUGAGAUAAGAACACAUCCACGGAAUCCUUCACUCAUCAUUUCUGCAAGCAAGGACGAAUCAGUUAGGCUAUGGAAUGUCCACACAGGGAUCUGCAUUUUGAUUUUUGCUGGAUUAGCAGGUCACCAGAAUGCAGUAUUGAGUGUGGACUUCCACCCUUAUGAUAUGCACCACAUUGCCAGUUGUGGCAUGGAUAACACUAUUAAAAUCUGGUCAAUGAAAGAAUUUUGGCCAUAUGUUGAGAAAUCCUUUACAUGGGCUGACCUUCCAUCAAAAUUUCCUACAAAAUAUGUCCAGUUGCCGCUCAUGAGUGCUGUGGUGCAUUCUCACUUCGUAGACUGUACUAGGUGGCUUGGUGAUUUCAUCCUAUCAAAGGGUGUUGAUAAUGAAAUUGUGCUGUGGCAGCCAAAAAUAAAUGGCGAAAAUCCUAUCGAGCUGAGUAUCAUCAAUGUCCUUCAGAAGUACCCUGUGCCAAACUCUGACAUUUUGUUUGUCAAAUUCUCAUGUGAUUUUCACUUCAGUCACUUAGCAAUAGGCAACCGUGAAGGCAAAAUCUAUGUCUGGGAAGUACAAGCGAGCCCACCUGUUCUAGUUGCUGAGCUGAGUAACCGUCAAUGUAAAGAGAUAAUAAGACAUACUGCAAUGUCGUUUGAUGGAAGCAUGAUCCUUGCCUGCUCCCAAGACGGCAGCAUAUACCGCUGGGACAAAGUGCGUCCCUCGGUUUACGAAAUGUUGAAGCAGCAAAAAAACACAACACUGUCUCGCCUGUGAUGGAAUUAAACAACAUAAUAAUUAUUGAACUGAACGAUUUUCUUUGAUCUUUCAAGUUAGGAUGUUGCCUAUAUCAUGUACUGUGAUGGAACUAAACUUAAAUAAUUGUUGGUACCUUUGGUUUAUCAUGA